CCUGUACCCAAAGGCCCAUUAAGAGUCCAAUAUGCUUACCAACGAAACACCCCCCAAAAAGAACAGAACAGCAAAGUUAGUCAAGAGAACAACAAAACCCAGAGACUCCGUUCAUAAACCCUACUUUCCUCUUCUUCCUCCUCCUCUUCACUCGAACAUCUGAGUAAAUACAAUGUCUCCGAGUUAAAACGAUGGGACUCAUUGUAUUCACUCUCCACUUCUUCCUCAAAAUGCUCUGCUCUCUCCGCAACUUCAUCCACGUUAAUCGCAGAUUCCCUCGCCACGUAAGCCCUUGUUCCUCUUCUCCCUCUUCUCCCUUCCUCUGGUUCACUAGUUUCCUCUCCAUCAUUCGCUACCCUUUCGUCACCAAAACCCACCCCUUAGAUUCCGACAUAGACCGGAUCCGUAACAUCCUCAAAAACGAUCUACGGGAACAAGAUCCCCAAAUCAACAACCUUUCCGACCCGACUCGUGUCCCAAACAUCCUCCUCGACCUAAAACAAGACCCUAGAUUAGCCCUAAAAUUCUUCAAAUGGUCAACGAACCGAACCGGGUCUAACCACCAAACCAUCCAAUCAUACUCUAUAGUAACACACAUCCUGUUUUGUUCCAGAAUGUAUCACGACGCUAACACUAUCCUUAAAGAGAUGGUUUUAUUACACAACCGCGAUGUUGUUUUCGACGCUCUUUGGUCUACAAGAAACGUCUGUGUUCCCGGUUUCGGUGUCUUUGAUGCUCUGUUCAGUGUUUUAAUUGAUCUAGACAUGGUUGAGGAAGCUUUAGUGUGUUUCUCUAAGAUGAAGAGGUUUAGGGUUUUCCCAAAGACACGUUCUUGCAACGGUUUGCUUCAGAGGUUUGCGAAGUUAGGGAAGAGGGGUGAGAUGAAGAGCUUUUUUAGAGAUAUGAUUGGUGCUGGCUCGAAGCCGAGUGUGUUUACUUACAAUAUAAUGAUUGAUUGUUUGUUUAAAGAAGGAGAUGUUGAUGGUGCGAGGAGGUUGUUUGAGGAGAUGAAGUUUAGAGGUUUGGUUCCUGAUACUGUUACGUAUAACUCUAUGAUUGAUGGGUAUGGGAAGGUUGGUUUGUUGGAGGAUACGGUUUGGGUUUUUGAGGAGAUGAAGAGUGUGGGGUGUGAGGCGGAUGUUAUAACGUAUAACUCGUUGAUUAAUUGUUUUUGUAAGUUUGGGUUGUUGCCUAAGGGGUUGGUGUUUUAUAGGGAGAUGAAGCGGUGUGGGGUGAGAGCGAAUGUUGUUACUUAUAGUACUUUGGUUGAUGGGUUUUGUAAGGAGGGUAUGAUGGAACAAGCUAUGAAGUUUUAUGUUGAUAUGAGAAGAGUUGGUCUUGUGCCUAAUGAGUUUACUUAUACUUCUCUCAUUGAUGCCAAGUGUAAAAUGGGUAAUGUAGGGGAUGCUUUUAGGUUGGGUGAUGAGAUGUUGGAAGUGGGUGUGGAGUGGAAUGUGGUCACUUACACUGCAUUGAUUGAUGGUCUUUGUGAUGAGGAGAGGAUGAAAGAAGCUGAAGAGCUUUUUGGUAAAAUGGUUGCAGCUGGUGUGGUUCCAAAUCUUGCAAGUUACAACGCUUUGAUUCAUGGAUUUGUAAAGGUGAAGAAUAUGGAGAGAGCGUUAGAGCUUCUAAAUGAAUUGAAGGGGAGUGGUAUUAAACCAGAUUUACUGCUCUAUGGAACUUUCAUUUGGGGUUUGUGUGGUGUUGAGAAGAUAGAAGCAGCUAAGGUAGUGAUGAAUGAAAUGCAGGAAAAUGGAAUUAAAGCGAAUACGUUGAUCUACACAACGUUGAUGGAUGCUUAUUUUAAAUCUGGAAACCAUACUGAGGGAUUGCAUCUGCUAGAAGCGAUGCUGAAACUUGAUAUUGAGGUCACUGUUGUUACCUUUUGCGUUUUGAUUGAUGGGUUGUGCAAAAACAAGUUAGUCUCCAAGGCGGUUGAUUAUUUUGGGAGGAUGAGUAACGAGUUUGGUCUACAAGCUAACGCAGCGGUGUACACAGCGAUGAUUGAUGGUCUCUGUAAAGAGAAUCAAGUUGAGGCUGCAACGAGUCUUUUUGAACAAAUGGCUCAAGAGGGUCUAGUUCCAGAUAGAACAGCGUACACAUCGUUAAUGGACGGGAACUUGAAGCAAGGGAAUGUGUUGGAGGCUUUGGCUUUACGAGACAGGAUGGUUGAGAUAGGUAUGAAGCUUGAUUUGCUUGCUUACACUUCGUUGGUCUGGGGGUUAUCUCAGUGCAAUCAGUUGCAGAAAGCGAGAUCAUUCCUUGAGGAAAUGAUUGGGGAAGGGAUUCUACCUGACGAGGUUUUGUGUAUUAGUGUCUUGAAGAGACACUAUGAGCUUGGAUGUAUUGAAGAAGCUGUAGAGUUGCAGAGUUAUUUGAUGAAGCAUCAGCUUUUGACCAGUGACAAGAAUAACACACUUCCAGACAUGUGAAACUCAGGGAGAUGCAAAUCUUUCUGCUCUUAUCAGACCGGUUCAGGUAUUUGGAUCCAAGCCUUGUUUCUUGUGGAGAAAAUGAGGAAGGAAGAAACCAGAGUGUUGAAUCUUCAGCCUGAGCUUCUCGUGAGAAUCUAUCAGCUAAUCAUCCGAGGAGAAGCUGCAAGAGCUGAGACGUUGAGCUCUGCUCCGAAGUGUUGAGCUAAAAGAUGAGAGAAAAAGAGUGUAUAUGAUUAUGAAGUGAUUUGCUUACAGAUAGGUUAAAACCUUGAAGGUUCUUCAUUGUUAUUGUAUUUGUUGCAUUGAGGAACCAAUAAAGUCCCAAUUUUUGUUGUGUACAUUUUUUUUACCCCCGAAUGUAAUUUCUUUCAUUGAUGAUUGAAAAGUUUAAACAAAUUAUAAUUAUCCAUAAUGGCAUUAUG